UGCAGGUACCUUCUACAUAAACAAAAACAAACAAAAACUUCGUCGAGGACACGCUAGUGUUUUCAUACAUUUUACGUUUUGGCGUUGGUAUUGUGCGAUGGAUCUCACAGAACAUCGUGAACUUCGACAAAGGCCGUCCGCCCUAGCACAUUCUUAAAUAAUUAAACGGAUAUAAUUUAUAAAUCUGAAAAUUUUCUUAGUGAAUUCGUGUAUCAGAAUAUCGUUUAUUUAAGUUGUUUUAAUGGUGUGAUUGUAUUUUUGUGAAUAUUUACUUAUUUUUAUUUAAGAUGGAAAAAGAGGUGAACCUCUACCCGAAUUGCGAGUCUACGGUGUGGUUAAGAUCUUGCGAAGAGGAGAUCAUCCAACCUAUUAAAGGAACCAUUGCGGGAGAGAUCCCUCACUGGCUACGUGGAACCUUGAUUCGUAAUGGACCGGGCUCAUUAAAAGUAGGUUCCAUGAGAUACAAACAUCUUUUUGACAGCGCAGCUCUUUUACAUAGAUUUGCAAUCCAAGAUGGCGAAGUGACGUACCAAUGCCGUUUCCUGCAAUCAAGCACGUAUAAGAGAAACCAAACCGCUCAGAGGAUUGUCGUCACGGAGUUCGGCACGGCAGCCACACCCGAUCCAUGCCAUUCAAUAUUUGACAGAUUCGCUUCAAUAUUCAAACCAGGCGAGUCAUUAACGGACAAUGCAAUGAUAUCUGUGUAUCCAUUCGGAGACGAAAUCUACGCUUUUACUGAGGGUCCUGUCAUACAUAGAAUCGAUCCCACUACACUUGACACGCUUAACCGAAGGAAUCUCACAGAAUGCAUCGCCAUAUUGAACCACACAUCACAUCCUCAUGUCAUGCAAAACGGUGACGUGUAUAACGUCGGUAUGUCUGUAAUGGCGGGAAGAAUUAAACACGUCGUUGUCAAAUUUCCUUAUCUUGAUAAAGGAGAUAUGUUUGCAAAUGCGGAAGUGGUCGGAAGUAUAAAACCUCGAUGGUCGUUCCAUCCAGCAUAUAUGCACACUUUUGGUAUAACAGAAAACUACUAUAUAAUAGUGGAGCAACCACUCACUAUAUCUUUGAUGCUAAUGGCCCGGAAUCAGUUGAUCAAUCAACCACUCGUUAGCAGUCUUAAGUGGUUCCAAGACUACGAGACCCACAUAAUAUUAAUAAACCGUAUAUCGGGAUUCGAAGAAAAACGUUAUACAACUGAAACAUUAUUUUUUCUUCAUAUAAUUAAUUGCUACGAAUGUGACCAGAAGGUUGUGGUGGACUUGUGUGCUUAUAACGAUGCUAAAAUAAUAGAUGCUAUGUAUGUACAUGCUAUAGAGACCAUGCAAACCAAUCCUGAUUAUGCACAGUACUUUCGAGGCAGACCGAAGCGGUUAGAAAUUGACUUAAGACAACCCAAUUUAACAAAAAUUAAAUCACGUAUACUAGCUGAUAUUGGUUGUGAAACACCAAGACUGCAUUAUGAAAAAUUUAAUGGCCGGCCGUACCGAUACUUCUACGCAAUUGGUUCUGAAGUUGAUGUGGAGCACACAGGAUCAUUGAUAAAAGUGGAUACGAAAACUGGUGAGAUUCUUAUGUGGUGGGAAGAAAACAGCUACCCCAGUGAACCCAUAUUCGUACCAAAACCUGACGCUAAGGACGAGGACGAUGGUGUCAUUAUCAGUGCUGUUGUCUGUGGUAACGACGAGCGCCGUGUGUCGCUGUUAAUAUUGAACGCUAAAGACCUCAAAGAGCUAGCAAGGACCACUUUCAAAACACCAUCGCCGGCGCCUAAAUGCCUACACGGGUGGUUUAUACCCACAAAAGAAUGAAUAAAUACCAAACGGUUUAUUUUAUUUUUUAAACCAGUUGUAUUAUCAUAAUAAAAUUAAAUCGCUUAAUACUUCAAUAACAAAAUACCAUAAAUGGUGAAUCAGUUGUUAAAUUUAAUAUUAUUUUAAGUCAUUGACUUCAUUGUUAACAUUUAAAAAUUAAUAUUUAAAUUAUUAUACAUACAUUGUUAUUGCAAGUAUCAUUUUUUAUAUGCCUAUAAUCAAUUGUUUUUUUUAUGUAUAAACCUAAUUAACGAUCGAAUGAAUUUACUUAAGUUUACGCGUACCGGUACAAGAUGGAAUAAUUUGAUUGAAUUGAUCAAAUAGUGGCGACGGAAUGUAACAGGCUUACACAAUCUAAUUGUUAAUAUACUUAAGAAUCUUUGGAUAUUAGAUAACUUAUUUCAAUAUUCCUAUAGAUGUAGGGGGUUAUAAAUUUUGUCUGUUUUUGUAUAUAUAUAUAUUCUUAAAUUUAGAUGCAGUAAGUCUUGUUUCCGUCUUUUGUACAAGAUAUCAGCGUCCUAAAGAAGAUGUUAUAUAUCAUUAUUAUGUAAGUAUUCAACCGACAGAUAAAUGGAGAAGGUGGUUUAAAUUGCAUGUGUUUUGAUGUUUACUUCCAAUUAAAAUAGGUACGAAUGUCUUCAUAGAAAAAAAUAUAUGAUUGAAUAGGUGAAACGAAUAUUCUUUAGAAUUGUAUGGUAACAUCCAGCGCUUUUUCUACGAAGAUAAAGCUCUUUUAUGUUU